AUGGGAAGGUCAUCCGCUGGUCUGCGAACUGCGAGUAGACAGUUGGGAGGACCUGUGACGUGUGCUUUGGAAGGAAGCGACGGAAAACAGGAGACUUCCAGCUCCUCCAGCUCAGAAACCUCGUCAGAUGACAGCUGUUCAGACUCGGCGUCCAAUGGCGGCCGGGACUGUUCAGCGCCCAGUCGUCUGUCGCAGGCGGAGGACGGUGACUCCGGUGAGAAGCCGGCGGUCUCCACCAGCCCGCGCCGCCUGAGUGGGAAGGACGUCGGACCCUUCUUCUACAUCGGAGGGGGGAACGGAGGCCGCCUGGUAGAAGACCUGUUGGUGCGGAUGGGCUGGCUCAGAAUCCACGACAAGAACAGGGAGGACUUCAAACUCAAGUGGGUCGAGACCAAAAACCACAUCAACUACUACUGCUUCAAAGAAGGAGAGCAGCUGGUGAACAGGAUACCCAACAACGCCAUCCUGACCACCAAGAUCGGCCUGCUCAACAGUCUACGGGAGUACGAAAGGGUCAUGGCCAAGGUCAAGAAAGGACGCUACUGCAGACAUCUGAAGAUGGGAGACUUUUUUCCGGAGAGUUUCCGCCUGGAUGUGAGAGACGAUCGGGACGCUUUCUUCAACACAUAUCAAGAGGGAGAGACAUGGAUCUGUAAGCCGACCGGGAUGAACCGAGGACGGGGGAUUUUCUUCAUCUCCAGUCAGGAGGAGGUGACGGCACUACAGGAGAGACUGGAGGUGAUGACACAGAACAGACAGCGGGCGCGCCUACCCUUCAAGGGACCCAUGGCUCGGGUCAUACAGAGGUACGUUAACAAGCCACUGCUGCUGGAUGGGAAGAAGUUUGACAUCCGUGUGUACAUGCUGAUUGCCUGUACAAACCCCUUCGUGGUGAUGUACCAUCCCGGGUACGCACGGCUGUGUACGCAGGACUACAGCGCCGACGACCUUAACAUCACAGCUCAUCUCACCAAUCAGUGGAUCCAGAAGAAGGACCCUAACUAUGAGGAGGUGAAGGAUGAGACAGUCUGGUCCAUGGACCAUCUGAAUGAUUACAUCAACGACACCUGCGCUGAUGACAAGGGGCUUCCACAGGACUGGGUCUUUAACGGACUAACGCGCCGAAUGAAGGACAUCAUGCUCCACUGCUUCCACAGUGUCAGACACAAGAUCCAAGGUCGUCUCGGCUACUUUGACCUCUACGGCUUCGACUUCCUGCUCGACGAAGACAUGAAGGUGUACCUGUUAGAGAUUAAUGUGAACCCUGCCCUGCACACUAACUGUGAGGUCCUACAGGAUGUUAUACCUGCUCUGGUGGAGGAGACUGUUCACGUGACCCUGGACACAUUUGAGAAGAGCCGUAAGAACCAGUCCAUCCUGCCGCUCACCAGCAUGAAGAACUUCCAGAUGAUCUACAACGGAGACCCCAGCCUGCACCUUCCCAAGAUGCCUCCUGCACGGGGCGCAGAGGCACCCAUCCCCAGGUCACAGGUCACACCCAGAAAGACCAAAAGUGCGGCUCCUCCCAGAAGAAGACCCGUCAUCACCAAACCACCUGGGGAGGGGGGCACCACGGAGACCAACUCCACCGACACUAAAGCCACCACUGCAACUUCAAACAGUGUGAAAACCACACAACCAACCAAACCUGCAGCAUCUUCAACUGCACAAGACACUGCAUCUAAGACAUCGACAGCUCCGGACGGAAGGAGAUCGACGUUUAAACCCGGAAUCCUUAAGUUUGCCGCUUCCCCACCCCCGAAAAACUCAGCGUUACCCAAGGUGCCUUCCACGGGAGUUAAGACACGCUACACGACGGUGAACAAGACUGUCUUGUUGCCUCCAGGAAGUAAGACAGCGUCAGCCACAGUUAAGCCUGUUAGUGUAUCUAGUAGCACACAGACAACAGAAGAAGCUCAAAACAACACAGAGGGAAGUUUUGAAAUAAGUGAUAAGGGUGAAGGUUAACGUUAAGUCUGUACAUGUUUGUCUAUGUAUAUUAGAUAUGUUAGGCCACCGUAAUUUUAUUUACUUAUUUCUCAGUUUGAGAAUAAAAUUGUGCUAAACCAGAUUAGAUUAACUGAAAAAGUUAGUCUGAGGGGAAAGCUUGUACUUUGGUAUAUGAGUACCAAAAAUAUGGUCAAAACUGCCCAAGAAAACCACUCAGGAGACCAAUAAAAUUUUGUCUAUAUGGUCACUAUAGACAGGAUUCUU